AUGGAGAUUUUUACAGACAACUUCUUCAUUCAGACCACUAUUACUACUGCUCUGCUUACAUUCGUUCUCAAAAUGUUUACGGCAAGCUUAUUACGGACCAGUAAAGCUUCUUUAAUUACAAGAGGCGUAUUCGGUGUUCUCACCAUUUCCUUCGCAACAAGUAUACUCGAUAAUGCCAACAGCUUCAAAGUCGCGGUGGUUUGCGAUCAGAUGGUAUCACCUGCAGUCGCCCUGUGCGAGUAUGCCUUUCUUCUUAUAUUGUUAACAAACUAUGCACUGGAUAUAUUUGACUCGCACUCUAUUCGCUUGUGUGUCGCUUGUUCUCAGGAGGAAGUUAUGGAUUACCUGAAGAUGGAAAUGGAGAGGAAAUGCAAUUCAUUCUCAACAGAGAAAUCCCACAUAGAUCAUUGA